CAACUUCAUCUUUGAACUAUUUUCUUGUACCCAUAUAAGAAUUUCGCAGACACGCCAUUGUCCUGACAAAUUCUUCUCCUAAUUUUUUUCUCGCAUAGUCUUCGACGAAUUUCUCUUUUUUCAGUGCCGUACCCCGCCAACCGAGAGAGGUUACAGGGCAUUCUGGUGGCUUAAUCAUUUUAAUUCUAUCACUUUUUCUGUCAUUUUCCUCCAAAUCUGCGUCUACCCGGAUUGCGACAGAGCCAUCCCUUCACCAUGGCUCGUUCUCAGAGCUACUGGGCUAUCGCCUUUGGCAUGAUAGCCUGGAGCCUUCUUCUCUUUAGUCCUUUAGCAUUCGUCGGAACUGCGAGAGCGGACGACGUUGCCGACUAUGGCACUGUUAUCGGUAUUGAUUUAGGAACCACAUACUCUUGCGUUGGUGUGAUGCAACAAGGAAAGGUUGAAAUUCUCGUCAACGAUCAGGGAAACCGAAUCACCCCAUCAUACGUAGCCUUCACCGAGGAAGAACGAUUAGUAGGAGACGCCGCUAAACAACAAGCGGCCUCCAACCCCACAAACACUGUCUACGACGUCAAACGAUUCAUUGGUCGAAAGUGGGGCGAGAAAGAAGUCCAAAACGAUAUCAAGCAUUUCCCCUACAAGGUCAUCCAACAAGAUGGCAAGCCCGUCGUCCAAGUCGAAUUCCAGGGUGCCACCAAGAAGUUCACCCCCGAAGAAAUCUCAGCCGUUAUCCUAGGUAAAAUGAAGGAGGUUGCCGAGUCCUACUUGGGCAAGAAGGUUACCCACGCCGUCGUCACUGUCCCCGCCUACUUCAAUGACAACCAGAGACAAGCUACUAAGGACGCCGGUGUAAUUGCUGGCCUUAAUGUGCUCCGAAUUGUCAACGAGCCUACUGCGGCUGCUAUUGCCUAUGGUCUAGACAAGUCUGGCGGUGAGCGUCACAUCAUUGUCUACGAUCUUGGUGGUGGUACUUUCGAUGUCUCCCUUCUCUCUAUCGAGGACGGCGUUUUCGAAGUCUUGGCUACUGCUGGUGAUACCCAUCUCGGUGGUGAGGAUUUCGAUCAGCGAAUCAUCAACCACUUGGCCAAGGCCUACAACAAGAAGAACUCGGUCGACAUCACCAAGGAUCUUAAGGCUAUGGGUAAAUUGAAGCGUGAAGCCGAAAAGGCGAAGCGAACCCUAUCGUCGCAGAUGUCCACUCGUAUCGAAAUCGAAGCUUUCUUCGAGGGCAAGGAUUUCUCCGAGACUCUUACCCGGGCCAAGUUCGAAGAGCUCAACAUCGACCUUUUUAAGCGAACUCUCAAGCCCGUUAAGCAGGUCCUAGAUGACGCUAAGGUCAAGAAGGACGAAAUUGACGACGUCGUUCUAGUCGGUGGUUCUACCCGUAUUCCCAAGGUCCAGGCUCUUCUCGAGGAGUUCUUCAAUGGCAAGCCGGCUAGCAAGGGUAUUAACCCCGACGAGGCCGUUGCUUUCGGUGCUGCUGUUCAAGCUGGUGUUCUCUCUGGUGAUGAAGGCGCUACCGAAGUCGUCCUCAUGGAUGUUAACCCGUUGACUCUUGGUAUCGAAACCACCGGUGGCGUUAUGACUAAGCUGAUUCCCCGCAACACGCCCAUCCCAACCCGCAAGAGUCAGAUCUUCUCUACCGCUGCCGACAACCAGCCCGUCGUCUUGAUCCAGGUUUUCGAGGGUGAACGAUCCAUGACUAAGGACAACAACUUGCUCGGAAAGUUCGAGCUUACCAACAUUCCUCCCGCACCUCGUGGUGUUCCUCAGAUUGAGGUUUCCUUCGAGUUGGACGCCAACGGUAUUCUCAAGGUGUCUGCCCACGACAAGGGCACUGGCAACAAGGAGUCUGUCACCAUCACAAACGAUAAGGGCAGACUUAGCCAGGAGGAAAUCGAACGUAUGGUCGCCGAGGCUGAGAAAUUUGCCGAGGAAGACAAGGCUACUCGUGAGCGUAUUGAAGCUCGAAAUGGCCUGGAGAACUAUGCCUUCAACCUAAAGAACCAAGUUAACGACGAGGAUGGUCUUGGUGGCAAGAUUGAUGAGGAAGACAAGGAAACUAUCCUUGAUGCCGUGAAGGAGACCACGGAUUGGCUCGACGAGAACGCCGCUACGGCGGCCGCCGAGGACUUCGAGGAGCAGAAGGAGAAGCUCUCGAACGUCGCUUACCCAAUUACGUCUAAGUUGUACGGCGGUGCCGGUGGUGCCGCAGAUGACGACGAACCGUCGACGGACCAUGAUGAAUUGUAAUUUUUUUCUUCAUAGAUCUGUUUUUUUCAAGUAGCAUACCCAAAGGCGCAACAAACGAAAUAAAUUUACGUUAAAUGAUUAAUUCUUGUAGGCUAGAAUUGCAAAUGACAGGUUGAUGGGAUUAUGUCUGCCAGUCGAGAUGGUCGUCUGUUGAUAGACUAAUGAGAUUAGUUUGAAUGUUGAAGAUGCGAGAAUGAUAUGAUAUGAAUGCGUUGAUUUGAUUGAGUGGUAGGUAUUGUGUUUGUUGGUCUGGCGUGAGAGGGUAAUGCUCGUUGUCGUGAUGGUGGUGUUGUGUUUUGAUCCUCGCCGUCUCCGGUACCUAUGCUAUU